UUCGGUGGGUCCGGUAGGCGCGGCAGGGCGGCAGGGUUUUGCAGCAGACGGAGCGGUGCGCAGCGGUUUACGGAAAGACUAACAAUGUGGCUCCAUCCUCGACAUCUUUAGGAGGGCUUUACCUGGCCGUAGAAACGCACAGGUGGCUGGCUGGCUGGUUGUCCGUGAUUAAACUAGAAGGAUUUUAACUCGAGUGAACUUUUCCGGAGUGCUUUGGCAAAAUGAUGCGUUUCUUGCUGCUGUUCAGCCGCCAGGGAAAGCUGCGUCUCCAGAAGUGGUUCACUCCGCUCACAGAUCGAGAGAAGAAAAAGGUGAUCCGGGACAUGAUGAUGAUGGUUCUGGCCCGACCUCCCAGAACCUGCAACUUCCUGCAAUGGAGAGACCUUAAGAUUGUAUACAAGAGGUAUGCCAGUUUGUACUUCUGCACCGGUUUGGAGGACCAGGACAACGAGCUGCUCGCUCUGGAGGUUCUGCACAGAUACGUGGAGCUACUCGAUAAAUACUUUGGAAAUGUGUGUGAGCUGGAUAUCAUCUUUAACUUUGAGAAAGCCUACUUCAUCCUGGACGAGUUCCUGAUGGGAGGAGAGAUCCUGGAGACUUCCCGAAUGGCUGUGGCUGGAAGUUUGGAGGAGGCUGAUACUUUACAGGAGACGAUGGAGGAGUACAUGAGCCGACCUGCUUACUGAGCCCAUCACUUCAUAAUGGAACCUGAUCAGAAGUUUUAUAAAUUUUGAUUCAACUGUUUCUGUGACCAUUUUAUCUGCUCAAAUCAUGUGAAAAUAAUGAGUGUUAGAAUUAUUUAUUGUCAAGUGCCUUUGAGAAUAAUGGUUUGGAAAUCUCAGGGAAUUUCCUGCAUAAAUGUCUUUCUAUAUA